AUGGAGAACCUUUCGAUUUCUGACCCCCAGCAGCCUCGGGGGGCCGGGGGCCCAGCGGUCCCACAGCCUCCCCUCCAGCAAGACCAAUUGCCGGCGCAGAUGUUCACGACGGCGGCGCAGCUCUUGGACCUCACGGACAAAAAGCUCAUGGUCGUCCUUCGUGACGGCAGAAAAGUGAUUGGUGUCUUGAGAACCUGGGAUCAGUUUGCCAACCUAAUACUACAGAACGCUAUCGAGAGAACGUUUCUUGCGCCGGGCACGUUUGAGGCAGCAGCUGCGCCGGAGAGCGCGGCCCAAGGCCACGGCCUGUACGCGGACAUCCCAAGGGGAACGUAUCUGGUGCGGGGCGAGAAUGUGCUACUCCUGGGGGAGAUCGACCUAGACCGGGACGACGAGGCGCCACCGGGCCAUGACAAGAUCGACUCGGAUGUCAUGGCAGAGCUCCACAAGAAGAAGAAGGCAGUCGACAAGGCAGCCGAGAAGUCGAGGGUAAAGAAACUCUCCGUUUUGGGCUUUGAGGGUGAGAACAUGGGUGAGAUUCUGUUGUAA